AUGCGAGAGAACAAGCCAAUAAUCAUAACAAAGGCAAAACAAGAUGGGCAAGGAAAGCCAAAAGCAGCGAAUGUGCAGGAUGUUGAGCUGAAGAUGGUUGAUAGGAGGAUGGGAGAGGCGAUUAUGAAUGCUAGAACGAAGAAGGGGCUUUCGAGAAAAGACCUGGCACAGAGCAUGAACAAAAACCAGUCUAUAAUUGACAGUUGGGAACGAAGCGAAGCAGUGUAUGAAGAGAAGAUGGCAAAGGAGUUUGAGAAGGCCCUUGGGAUUAAACUGGAAAGAAGGGAAUAA